AAGCAUUUCUUCGCCAAGAAGGCUCUGCAUCUGCGCGCUCGCCUGAGCGAAGGUGUUAAUUUUCCUGAGCGGAGGGAUGGAUGGCUGCGGGAGCCAGUGAGAGCACUGCAGCGCUCUCUCCCAACGAGGGGGCAGUUCUGACCUCACAGAUGAGGAGGAGACAGGGAGUGGGGCUGCAGUGCACUGCUCAUGCCGAAGCCCGUGCAUUCUCGCCCCAGCCUCUCAGGAAGGAGGAAUGCCCGCUUUCUCGAGCCGCUCUCCGUCUCGUGCUCACUGAGAGAGUGCUCCAGGUGGGGGGAAAUUUGCUCGGGUUGCGAGAGAAAUCGGCUGCCAGCUCACAAAUGGAGUGGAAUGGUUUUAAGAUGGGAUCGACAGAGACACAGUGGCGUCAGGCAGAGCUCCCGCAGCUACAGGGCUGGGCAGAGAAGGGAUUGCUGACACAGCCAAAGAUGAUAAUCAGCAACAUGGAGCCUCAGGUCACAAAUGGGCCGAACGCGACCACGGCCAACGGGCCGUCCAGCAACAGCCGGAGCUGCCCGUCCCCCAUGCAGACCGGCGGCUCCACCGACGACAGCAAGACCAACCUCAUCGUCAACUACCUGCCGCAGAACAUGACCCAGGAGGAGUUCCGCAGCCUGUUCGGCAGCAUCGGCGAGAUAGAGUCCUGCAAGCUGGUGCGGGACAAGAUCACAGGGCAGAGUUUGGGUUAUGGCUUCGUUAACUACAUCGACCCAAAGGACGCAGAGAAAGCCAUCAACACGUUAAACGGUCUCAGACUCCAAACCAAAACUAUCAAGGUGUCAUACGCCCGGCCCAGCUCGGCCUCCAUUCGAGACGCCAACCUGUACGUGAGCGGGCUGCCCAAGACCAUGACCCAGAAGGAGCUGGAGCAGCUCUUCUCCCAGUACGGCCGCAUCAUCACCUCCCGCAUCCUGGUGGACCAGGUCACAGGCGGUUCGCGAGGCGUGGGGUUCAUCCGCUUUGAUAAGAGGAUAGAGGCCGAGGAGGCCAUCAAGGGGCUGAACGGACAGAAGCCCUCCGGCGCCGCCGAGCCCAUCACCGUCAAGUUCGCCAACAACCCCAGCCAGAAGACCAGCCAGGCCCUGCUCUCCCAGCUCUACCAGUCCCCCAACCGCCGAUACCCAGGGCCCCUGCACCACCAGGCCCAGAGGUUCAGGCUGGACAAUUUGCUUAAUAUGGCCUAUGGCGUAAAGAGGUUCUCCCCCAUCACCAUUGACAGCAUGACCAGUCUGGUGGGCAUGAACAUCCCGGGCCACACCGGCACCGGCUGGUGCAUCUUCGUGUACAACCUGUCCCCAGACUCGGACGAGAGCGUGCUGUGGCAGCUGUUCGGGCCCUUUGGCGCGGUCAACAACGUCAAGGUCAUCCGCGACUUCAACACCAACAAGUGCAAGGGCUUCGGCUUCGUAACCAUGACGAACUACGACGAGGCGGCCAUGGCCAUCGCGAGCCUGAACGGGUAUCGGCUGGGCGACCGCGUCUUGCAAGUCUCCUUCAAAACCAACAAGACCCACAAGUCCUGAACACCCUCACCCCCACCUUAAAAACCCCCUUUCACUACCAACCGCCACCCGACAGUCACCCAAAACAGCAAUUCCAUACGGGAAAACAACAAACAAAAAAAACAAACAGGACUGGAAAUGGCUUAUAUUAUAACUUUGGACCUAUAAGCCAAUGUUGCCUAAGUAUUACAAAAUGAAAAAAGAGAAAAUAGUCAUGAUUUGGAAACCCUGUAACAUUACCGGGUUUCUGUUGUGUAUCUUUUUAGUUACUGUUGUUGUUGUUUUGUUUUCUCUUCUCUGUAUACAGUAGCAAAACCAGUCCCCCUUAUUUCAAGAAGAGACUGUCGUUUCUUAAACUCUAAAUUAUAUAUUUUUCUGUUCUUAUUUUAGGAUUUGUUUCUUUUUAAUCCGGAUCCACUGUCGUUUAGAAUAAUGCCUCCCUGGGAAGUGUUGGGAGGGGGCUCUUUUUAAAAUAGGUGACCAUUCAUUCAUUUUCCAGUUUAUAUUAAACCCCCAUUUAAAGUAGAAGGGAUAACACCUUUUUCUCUGAUGCAGAAAAAAAGAAUUUCUAACACUUUUUGUUUUGUAUUGCAAACGAAAUACGUCUUUCCUCACUGGGAUAGGGAGAAGGGGAGAGGGAUGGGAUGGGUUAGCUUUCCUGAUGACACGUUAAGUGAUUUAAAAACACUGUUGCCAAAGAGAAAAUCUCUUUGCUUGAAAAUGCGUUUAGAAAAAAUAAAAAAUAAAGAGAAGAAAAUCUAUUUUUAUAAAUAAUAAUUAAAAUAAUAAUUAUUGAAGAAUUUUUACAAGAAUCUGGAUUUGAAAAAAAGAGAAAAAUAUUUUGACUGGCUAAUUUGGGGGGGGGGUGCCAUCUUGUCUUGUUCGUUCUGCCGUGGUACUUUUUAGGAUCAAAGGUUGUUUGUUUUUUGGAGAACUGGAUCAGAGAUUGUUUUGUAGAUGGAAGGUUUUAUCAAGGGAUGCAAAUUAAGGCAGGUGAUCUUCGUAUCUUUUCAUAGCGCGUAAUUAUUCAACAGCGUUGCCCAAGGGGAAGGGAGAGGGGUCAUUCUAGGCCCAAAUGUCCUCACAGUCCAGAGCCCAAAGCAAGGAGAUGCAUUGUCCGCUCGCUUUCUUUCUGUCAUCAGUCUAUGGGAUAUCAGUAAUAAACAUCGAUUUAUCCAUUUAGAAAACAUACGUCAUUUAUUGAUUUCUUUUUGCUUUGACUUACGAAAUGACAUUCAAAACAAACUUCCUUUAGCGAUCAGCGGUAGGUGCUAUAUAACAUGACUCACAUAUCUUAAAUAUCCAAGUUUGUUGUUCUAUGUGUUGUUUAGAAAAAAAUCUUCGAUGUUGGCAUUGAAUUGAGCUGCUGUUUUUCGGUUAGUUUUUUUAUUGUCGGCCCCCAUCUGGUUUGAAUAUUUGUCUCUGAAAAUAGCCAGAUGACUGAAUUUGGGCCUUGUAAGAACCACUUAACGAGUUUUCUUUGGCUUGCUGACUUUUAGGUUAAUUGCUGAGUGUGAAACGUUUUGUCAGAAUUCAAUAAUAAUUAGCUAGUUUUGUUAGUCUAGGUAUUUGUUUCCUCAAAGGAGCUAUUUAAAAAGGUACAACUGUGUCUUUAUUUGUUGUGUACAAAAUAAUAUAUAGUCUACUUUUUGUUUUACAAUAUCUAUAUCUAUAUGAGUUGUCACUGUUUUUUGUUUAAGCUUGUCUUUUUCAUAUGACAACUUUAUAAAGUGAUGGUUCAGUUACUUAGAAAACUCGUGAGGAAUCCUGUUUAAUAUGUUGUCAUGUCGCUUGUGGAAAAAAGUUUUUUGAAUUUAUUUUUUAGUUUACCGCCGCGGCAAAAGAAACCGAACAAAAGCUUAUAAAAUAAUUGUAUUUAUUUAUUGAUUGAUUGAUUGUUUCAUUAAUUAAAUUAUUUAUUUAUCUGGAUUAUUUAUUUAUUUAUUCGUUAUGUUGUCCGUGUUUUUGCGUGAUUCUGGUAUUGGGAGGGGGAUGUUUCUGAGCAAAAGGGAACAAAAUGGCUAGGGGAGAGGCUCUUCCAUUAGUCCAGUGCACUGAAAACUUUUAGUACGUUUGUGCUUUGUACCAAUAUAUCAAAAUGACAAUAUAAAAAAUUAAAAAGAGGAAAACAAAAAAAUAUGAGGGUUGGUGACGCUCUUCCCUAAUUACUAGAAACAGUUACUCGCUAUGCAUAACCUAGUUGAUAGUUAAAUUUGCUAUUGCUUUUUUCUUGUCUUGUUAAACAAAAUCUUUAAAUCUUUUUCAAUAAAGUUUAGUCUUAAUAGAAUGUUAUAACAGUUGUUCUGGUUCAAUAUAACCUGUGAUAAGUUUGUGUAUUUUUAAGGCCACUCCAUGCCCUCCCACCACACACUACUGUUGCUUUGAGCUCAAACUUUAUGCAAAAUGUGGGUCUUACGCAUAGUUUUCAUAGUUUCCCAGUGAAACUGAAUUUUACCACACCCUGCAUUUAAGGCACUACAGCAUCAUUUUUAAAAAAGUAAAUGUUGUGUCUCUUACAAGUGCUGAUUAUGUGUUUCAUUGGCCCCAGCAGUUGACUCAGUUGAGAUUCAAUUUAUUAUGUUGGCUAUCACAAGAAGUCAUUGCUAAUUACCACGAAGAAUUCUCUGAAUACAUGCUGUCUGAGAAAUCUAAAAAAAUAAAUAAAUAAAAAAUGGCCACAAAGCAAAUACCAAUUAGUGUUUUUAAAGAAGAAUGUACUGGAUGUGUUACAGGAUUAUUCAAUAUGCAGUCUACACAGAGAACAGACCCUGGAGUUGUGAAUUGGAUUCUAGUGUAAAUUAAUACUUUGGCCACUAAACGUACAGAUUUCCCAAAACUUCAAGCGACUAGCAACACAUGCUCAACAUCCUCUUGCUGAUCUGAGCACAGAGCAGCUUUCGGGGCCUGCAUCUUUCAGUGGGGCUGGCAUCUCCAAUCACGCAAUGGCCCCAACCAGUGAAUCCAUUCCAUUCUUGUUUCUUUCCAAAUUUUGAGAUGAGUGUGUAUUUUGUCUAGACCCUCUGUGUGUGUCUGUGGAUGUGUGGAUGUGUGUGUGGGUAUGCGUGUGUGUGUGUGUGCGUGCGUGCGUGUGUGUCUAUAGGGGCGUAUGAAAAAUUGGGCUGUGUUGAUGCAGACUAAGCCCAGCCCCUUUGGCUCACACCAUCCCCUGUAGCGCCUUAUAGUGGCAGCCUGCCAAAAGGAAAUCAACAGCCAGUAGUGUGGGAGGGAAGGUCAAGUGAGGAACAAGGCUCUUGUCAUUUUUCAUUUUCUCCUGAAAUGUGUUUGUUUACUAUCUGAAAAUCUAUAAACUAUCUAAAUAGAAAAAAAUUUAAAAAAAGUUCACUGGACCAAACUGGUCUCUCCUAUUUAUGUUAUUACUUACUUAUUAAUUACUAUGAUUAUUAUUGUUACUAUUAUUAAUAUUAUUCUUCUUAUUAUUAUUAUUACUAUUAUUAUUAUUAUUCUUAUUCUUAUUAUUACUCAAAUUACUGCGAUGAAUGACUUCAUGUUAUCCUUGCUAGUUUAGGUCAUUUCUGAAACUGGAAACAAAAUAAAAAAACUUGCUGUAAAUGUUUUUUUGUUUUUUUUUUCAUAAAACUGUUGUGUUUGAAUUAUUUGUACUUUUGAAUGUUGGGACAAUAAAAUGAGGUGUUGA